UAUUCUCUAAGCCCUCGUCCCAGCAUUCUGAAGAAUCUUACUCUAUCUUUGUCUCUGUCCCUCGUGAAUUUCCCGCCGGCGCUCUCUCUCCUUCUCCGGCCAUCAGUAAUCGGAUUCUCAUCAUUCUCAAUAAACAGAUCGCUCCACGGAAUCUCAUCAGCCUGCUGUAACCCUUACAAAUACAGUAAUUAAAGCAGAAUAAAGUGGCAUCGGUGGAAAGUGCUCGUAACUCGUUAUAGACCAUCCAAAAGAAGAAUUUCACAGAGUGUUCCAAUUCCGUUUUGUUCUAGGUAUAAUUCAAACCUAACUACGAAUUUGAUUUGUAAUGGUUGUGCUGAGGCUCUAGAGGAAGUAGGAAAUACUGAACUGAAGCUCCCAGAUUGUGCAGCCAUGGUUACUUCCCAGCAACCUAAGAGAAGAGUGGCAUUUGUGCUGAUCGAUGGGCUGGGCGAUGUCUCAAUACCAAAAUUUGGAUUUAAGACUCCUUUGCAAGUGGCCAAAGUUCCUAACUUGGAUGCAAUUGCUUCUGCUGGAGUUAAUGGUCUCAUGGACCCUGUCGAAGUAGGGUUGGGUUGUGGAAGUGACACAGCUCAUCUUUCUCUUUUGGGCUAUGACCCUAGAGUAUAUUAUAGGGGUCGAGGUGCAUUCGAAUCCAUGGGAGCUGGAUUGGCUAUGUCACCUGGCGAUAUUGCGUUCAAGUCGAACUUUGCUACAUUGGACGAGAAGUCGGGAAUAGUAACCAGUAGGAGGGCUGAUAGACACUUUGAGGAGGAAGGGCCAAUAUUAUGUGCAUCACUUGAUAGACUGAAGAUACCAAGUUUCCCAGAGUAUGAAGUUAGAGUGAGGUAUGCCACAGAGCAUAGAUGUGGUGUGGUUGUUAAAGGACCAAAUUUGAGUGGGAAUAUAUCGGGAACAGACCCUUUGAAGGACAACCGCUUGCUUUUGCAAGCAGAGGCUUUAGAUGAUUCUAAGGAAGCAAAGCUUACUGCAGCUGUUGUUAAUGAGUUAUCCAAGGAAAUCUCACGAAUCCUGGUUUCUCACCCAAUAAAUGCAAAGCGUGCAGCGGAAGGGAAGAACAUAGCCAAUCUUGUUCUUUUACGAGGUUGUGGGAUUCGAAUUGAGGUCCCUCCAUUUGAGAAGAAACAUGAUUUGUGGCCAUGCAUGGUGGCUCCCACCAAAAUUAUAGCUGGGCUCGGCUUAUCGCUAGGAAUUGAUAUCCUAGAUGCUCCAGGAGCAACCGGAGAUUAUCGAACACUCUUAACCUCCAAAGCCACUGCGAUCGCAAACGGACUCUCAGCUCCUUUGCAAUCUUGCCCCAAUGUUUUUGUGCCAGGAGAAAAUGAGCUCAAACCAGGUCGGACAGAUGGUUAUGAUUUUGGGUUCCUUCAUGUUAAGGCAAUAGACGAUGCGGGGCACGAUAAGGCAACUAUAUUCAAAGUUAAGGGAAUGGAAGCUGUAGAUAGAGCAAUAGGACAGCUAGCCAAGCUUCUAUGGAAGGCAGAAUCUAGUGGCAAGUUCCAGUACUACCUCUGUGUGACAGGAGACCACUCCACUCCAGUUGAGUAUGGAGAUCACAGCUUUGAGCCAGUUCCAUUUACAAUAUGCAGAUUGAAAGACUUUGUAGGCGCCAUGGGCGGGGAGUCGGUAAUUGCAGGCAUUUCUCUCGACCCGUUUCCCCUCCCGACGAUCGUAGCCAGUGAGGACUUUAACUGGAUUUCAGAAGAGAGAAGCGCAGACUCUCAAGCCUUUGGUGGUGACUCAGUUUGUGAGUUUGAUGAGAUAUCAGCUGCCAAGGGAUGCCUUGGGCGCUUCCCUGGUGGAGAGAUGAUGGGUAUCAUAAAGAGAUUCCUCAAAUUAGAUGCAUGAGUUACUCAAAUUUCUUCUAUAAUUACUCUGUUCUAAGAACUACAAAUAAAAAUAUUUUGGAAUAAGAGAAAUAUAUUUCCACGACA